UUACAGAAUAUGACUCUAUUUACAGUACUUGUUACAUCUGAGCGUGCAUAAGCCAAAAGUACCCAUACAUCUUGAUUUUAAACAUUAUUUUAACAUAAAGUACUAAGGCAGCAAGUGGAUAGUAAAAGAUGUUAUAGCCAUUGAUUGAAAAAUUGAUAAUGAAUCAUCUGUCCAUAAAAAGCGUAACUAACAAACGAAGCCAAGUACCUAUAAACCCCUUAGUCUUACUUCUGUUACACGUAAUGUAACGUGAUGGAGAUGAUAAUCAGAAGUAGAAUUGUAGAAAGGUGUACAGCUUUGGUCACCAUGAAAUAAAAAAGAUGCAGCUGCUUAAUUUUCAAUACAUAGGAGAGUGAUCAGAUACAUUUCAUGGAUUAAAGGAAUGUCUAACACUGACAGACUAAAAGAACUGAAGCUUCUUAGUCUUUACAGGAGGACUUGGUGAUUUGAGCAUAUAAAAACUGAUUUGGAUUUAAAAAAAGCUCAACCUCAUUGACUCUUUCAGAAACCUGAACAGUACAACUCAAGUAGAAGUGAAUAAGAAGUGCAUUCAAAACAGAGAACAGGUAGCAUUUUUUACAGAAAUGAUAACAGGAGCCUGGAAUGUGCUACCAGGCUAUGCUGUUACAGUCGAUAACCUUCCUUCUUUUAUGAAACAACUGGAUGAGUUCUUCAAAUCACUUGGAUCAUGAAAUCUAGAAUCUCAAAUUCUUCUCUUGUUUGGAAGCUUUCUUGAGCUUUCUCUUUCGCCCCAAGUUGUUUUAAAAUAAACUUCAAGAAUUAUCCCUAAAUAUGCAAAAUAAAAACAUCAUGGCUCUUGUGCUUUAGUCCACCAAGUCAAUAUUUUUUUUUCCGUGAUAAGAUUUUUAGGAAUGAGAGGCUUUGUUUUUCUGGAGCAGAGGAGAGGGUCGUGAGUCAUCCAAUUAGUGAAGGCACUCAUUCAGAAUGUCAGUGGCGGCUCAGUGGCCAGAAACUGCAGUAUUGAAGUCAGACUGUGUCACCAACACAAGUGGUGAGGCACAAUUCCCAGAAUGUCGCAGGUAUCAGGUGCGUUGGAGUUUGUGAAGAUCGGGGACUCCUGUGACUUCAUGGCCAUCUUGCAGUGUAAGAGAUUGCAUCACACCUUUCAUUGAUGUUGGCUCUGCUGUGGGCAUUGUGGAGGCUCAAAGUGUGAGAAAUGGGAAAUGGCCAUGAUCCUGCCAUGAGGGUUGCAGCGAUAAAGCACCGCUGAUUAACUGGCUAUUUCGCUUUAAGUAGCUGUAAGAAACAAAUGGCUGGAUAUCCCAAAAUAUUUUCAAAUAGCCUUGCAUCCUAGCUGUAGGAACUAAAUGGUCAAUAACACACAUUGUGAUUAUUGGAUAGGAAAUUAAAACAAGGCUGGAUUUUUUUGGGGCUUUUGAAAAAGACAAAGUACCAGCCAGUAAACACCGGAAUGAACAAAAACCUUCCCCCAAAAAAGUGACCAACCUAAUCAAUCUGGAAAGGCCCUUCAUUUAACUGGCUUUGCAUACAAACCGUUACGUGGAGUACCAGAAAGUACGUGGCCUUGUGACAGUUUUAAACGUGCUUUAAGGAAUCGCAGUCUAUUUAAUAGAGAGAAUACAUCGUUUGACGUUUACACAUAUUUGUCGAGCUCUUGUGUUUGCUGCGUUGUUUUAGCCCGUAAAAUUGUUUGGAACGGCCUUUUGGAGUUUGCACCACUGCCAAUUGUGUAAAAAAAAAAACUGUACCAUGACGGUAUUGUCCCUGUAGUGACAACGGCUUCAUUGUCACCGCAUAUAGGGUAGUAAUCCGUUGACUGCGGCCCGUGUUAUUCAGCUCAGCUGGACAGAAUGGAAACCGAGUGCUCCGCGCGCACAUGGCUAGCUGGCGCCGAGCCAAGCUCCUUGGGAGCAGCAGGAAUUUAAAGGUGUAAUAGUGCCUCUUCUAUGCCGAGAAGAGAGCUGUGCGUUUGUUAAAGUCAUACAACGCAAAUGUCUGACUGACUGCAAUGCAAUUGCCCUUGCAAAUGUAAUUUCGCUCAAUCGUAUAUUGUGCUGGUAUUUUGUCCAUUUCUGUUUGAGUUUUUAUAACUGCGCAGUCCAAGGGCUUGAAAGACCCGGACAUUAGUUAUGUAUAUUUCUGUAGCGGUGCCGUUCCCGUUUGUAAAGUAGUAACGUAAUUCAGCCUUUCAUUUUCGUGUGAUGAUCUGGUAGUGAUCAUCUCUUUUAUUCAGUGAUCUUCGUGAUCUCUUGGUAUUUGCACAUAAUCAAAUAGUUUGCCAAUAAAUUGUACCCCUCCAGUGGCUCUGUAAAUUUCCGUGGGAUAAUUGGGCCUCCUUUAAUUGCUAUUUCAAAAGCACUAUUUUGUUGUGUGUUGCUCUACGGGACCCUAACGUUGGGGGGAAAUAGUGCCACCUAGAAACUGAAUUAAUUACAGGUUUCUUAACUUUAUUGUAUUCUUCAGCGUUUUUAUUGGUAUCGGUAAUUGCCUACAAUGAGAACACGCGGUUCUGGCCUCAUAUUUACAAGCUUUAGAACAGAAAAAUGUUUGGUUUCUGACUUAUUUUUAAUUUAUGCCAUUUCUAAUUCUGGCACUUAAAAUAGAGCCUUCUGGCGGCUCGUGUACUUUUAUUAUUGUUCUGUCACGGACGAAUUUGCUGACUCACAACCGCACAGUUCUUUCAAAAUCGUGAAACAAAAACAAAUUGCCACGACAUAUGCAUUCCGUAGCUCACUGCAUGUCGGUUUAUAAUGUAAUAUGGACACAUAUAAUGCCGUCUGGAUGGGCGGAUAAUUGGUAAGUAUGCAGGAGCGUGAAGAAUAUGAUAGGUGCAGCAUGUUUUUCUUUUUCACUCAGCAGUGGUAUUUCCUUCACUGGAAUUAUGAUGAUGAUGGUGAAACGCGACGUCUUUGUUUCCUACUGAAAAGUUUCGGUGCCGCUUGCGCGAGGGCGCAGAACCCAACUUCGCUCGCGGAGUUCCGAAAGAGGCAGGUAACAGGCGCGCGGGGACCUCCGCGCGGCCAAUGGAGACGCGGCGCCGGUGACGUCACGCCCAUAUGUUCGGGGGGCCUGCCACGCCCCCAGCGUGGAUAGAAACAGCACUAACUAGAGAGCUAUUAUACUGUCACCAUGCAGGAAAGAGGCUAAGAGCAACGAUGGGAGUUUUAAUUUUAAAUUCUGCCAACUUUUUAAACAUUUUACGAUCGACACAAUUCCAGUAGAAGGUGGGAGCCUUUCAUCAGAUGCAAUACCGCUUUGAUCUGAACCGUUUCCCACCCAGGAUAUCUUUGUUUUACUGACAAGCCGAGAAAUAGAGGGGCCUCUAUCUCUUUGACGAAAUGGAUCAUUUUGCAGCAGAGUGCCUUGUGUCUAUGUCCAGCCGUGCUAUUGUGCAUGGUCCAAAGGGGAGUAUAGACAUCAAACCAGAAACUGCAUCCGCUCCUAGAAACGGAGAUGAGCCUAAGGACGCAAAUAAGGAUCUUCUGGUGAAAGACAACUCGUCUCUCUUUGUGGUUGCCCGGAUUUUAGCAGACCUAAACCAGCAGACCCCCACCAAUAUUGCCGACCAGGCAAAGAUUAAGGAGGAGAACACACCAGCAGAGGAUCGGAACACUACCACACCUACCGUCAACACCGACCCCGGUCCCAGACAAAGAACCAGGCGUGGGAGAGGUCGGGUUGAGCACGAAUCUCCCCAGAAAAAGCACAAAUGCCAUUAUUCAGGUUGUGAAAAAGUUUAUGGCAAAUCGUCCCAUCUUAAAGCCCAUCUAAGGACACAUACAGGAGAACGGCCGUUUCCCUGCACCUGGCCCGACUGCAGCAAGAAGUUCGCCCGCUCGGACGAGCUCGCCCGCCACUACCGCACCCACACGGGCGAGAAGAAGUUUGGCUGCCCUCUCUGCGAGAAGCGCUUCAUGCGCAGCGACCACCUGAUGAAGCACGCCCGCCGCCACUCCGACUUCCAGCCCGGCAUGCUCAAGAGGCCCUACGGCGCCGGCGCCCGCACGGGCUCCCUCAGUGACUACAGCCGCUCGGACGCUUCCAGCCCCACCCUCAGCCCCGCCAGCUCGCCUUAAACCCCGCUUGCACUGGACGCCCGCACUUUCAGCCUCCGCCAGAUGCCCCCAAGUCUUGUGGAAUUCUCUUCCUUAUACCUGUGUUGCACACUUGUUAGUGCCCCUAUGCUAAUUGCUGUACCGUACUGUGCUGUACUGUACAUAGCUGCCUAUUGUAGUGCAAUUUCUCGGACACCUUUGCUCAAGAAACCUUCCCAGCCAGUGAUUCUAUAUCCGAUAUGUCUGUAUUUUUGUAGCUUCUGGCCAUUGCCAGGUUAUUAUCUAUAGUGUUUUUAUUUUAUUUCUUUUCUUUUUAGCAACUUGUUUCAGGAAAAAAAAAAUGUCAAAAGUAUAUUGAUUAUUCUUCACCUUUAUUUAAGACGGGGAAAAAAAGAUCACAUCUACACCUCAGGAUUCAAGACCGAUUUUUGUUUUCUUAACUACUUAACUGACUGCACAAUACAAGCAUCACUUUACUCUGAAAUUCAACGCAGUUGAAUUUUACGCCCUGCUCAGGGAAGGCCUCAUUAGCUUGAAAGAAUGAACGCAAUGAAGAUACACACAUAAAAAAACAGCCUUACACUCAACAAUAUUUGCACUCUUUUUUGUAUAUUUUUUGUUAGUUUUCACACUGGGGGGAAACUAGCACUGGAAUUACAGUAAAGUAAGCCCAAGGGUUUUUUUUUUCUGUCUCUACCAGAACCUAUAAUUAAGACAAUAGUGGAGGACAUUGAAAUGAAAGACCACUUGCUGUUUCUUUUGAGACUGGAAAUGACACACAGAAAAUAUUUCUCCUGUUUUCAUUUUAUCAAGAAAAAAAAUCUUUCUGAUCUCCAUUCACGCAGCAAGCUGUUGGCAACCAAACCACAGCACCUUGAAAGAGAUCUACAUACUGUACAGUCUGUUUUUUUUUAAAGGGAAAUGGGUCUUUUUGCUGUUUGAGUUUGGGCGAUUACAGCACUGCAUGUGUUGUAGCUUCCUAUUUCUCUUAACCUCCCUCUCCAACAUGAAUAAAUGGUGUAGAAGUGGUUUGUAUGUUGGAAAAAAACAGGACUCAACAGAGUCAGAGAAAAAGUUUUGAAGCAGCUGUUUCAUAGUUUAAGAACAAGACUUUAAUCUGCAGAUGUUUCAUAGUGCGAAUUAUGUAGUAUUUAAGCAUCAGUGCUGGUGUUUUAUGGUAUGCUAAUGGAUCGCUCUUUUCUUCAGAACACAGGUCAAAUCUUAUCUUAUCCAAGCGGGUUCAUCAUUUCAUUCAUUCUAAUGUAAAAAGCCUAGAUGAGGCCAAAAACGAACAUAGUUUAAAGUGAAGAAGUGUGAUUAGUAAGAAAUUAUACUGUCAUAAAAUAUACCUUUCUUAAAGUUUCUUAGGUAAUUAAGUCACUAUUCAUUCGAAAGGAUUCCAAAGCCUAGUCUAACUCGACAUACCUCCGAAAGAAAGAUUUUAAAGUUCUAAUCUAUACAAGAAUAAUCCAGAACUACCAUUUACUUCUCUGCCCAGUGUGCUGGGAGACCGAAUAGUAUCUUCAAGUCUCGCAGGUGUUCAAUUAAACCAGUCAUAACACAGAUCCUUCUGUUUUGACCACUCUCCAAAACAAACUGCAAGUCUCCUCUGCAUGGUGUAGACCUCGCACUAGGAAAUAUUUGGCUCCCACAAGAGAUUAUUUUUAGUAUGCAGGAGGGGCUGAAAAAUGCCACUUUAGUGAAAGUUUCCUUGCCUUUCCUGCACAACCUGUCUGAGAGAAAAAGUGUCUAAUUUAUGUUGAGAAAAAAGACAGAAUUAGGGCAAUCAUUUCUGUAGAUGGAAACAGGGGUUUUAAUUUAGAUUAUUACAAACCUAGUGUGAGAUUUAUUUGUAAACUGCAAAAAUUAAAUCAAAUUGUGUGUCAGAGGAUUCUUGUACAAGCCGGGAAAUAUACAUUUAAUUAUGGAUGGUUCUCUAGUGUAUCUGAGGAAGUUUAAAACAAUAAGCCCAAUGUAAAUAUUAGUGACUUUCUAAGUAGAGCCCUUUUAAGUUUCUUAAGGGUAAAACAAAGAUAACACUCCUAGUAGGUUUCCAUUGUUAAAGGUCACGCCUGCUAUUUCAGUCUAUUUGAAUCACCAAGAUGUAAUAAACACAAAAACGCACAUAUAGAAUACAGCACCAUAGCACAGGCUGUGCAGGUGGGUCUCUAGAACUGCCAUAUGGGUUGUGGCCUGAGUGCCACAGCUAUCUGCACAAGCCGGGAAUUGUGAGUCGAUGUGGCAAAAACAAGAUAGCAGGCUGUGCACAGACAUGCAAGCUACUCCGCUCCACAGGAGCAACAGGCAAAAAGGUUUGGAGGUCUAAAACUCACCCCCUUACUUAUUACUUGAAGCAGCAGAAUGAAGGAAAAAACAUGUACAUGUUUUGAUACACAGGAAGUGCUUUGCUACAAAGUCUACUGAUUUUCCUCUUGCAGAAAUUGGUGCAAAACGAAACCUCCUUAAUAAACCUCCCUAAGUGCAUAAGAGUUCUGUGUGCUUGAUGUGUCCUAGGGAUCAGAAAACGAAGGGCGAACUCUCUGAAAAAAGUGUAUCUGACUUUCCUUGUCACGUUCCCUGUCUCAGAGCAGAGGAAGGUGUAUUCCAAGCUGUAAAGGAAUAUUUGGUGAAAGACGCCCUACCAAAACCCUUCUAAAAUAAUCCAUCUUAAACUAAAAUAAAACAUUCAUAGGCUCUGUAAACCUAAUAUAUUAGAAUUUGACAUUAUCUUUCUGUUUCUGUAAUUCCACAGUUCUGACAUUUCAAAUGGUCUUGCCACUUUUAGGAAAAGGGACAUUUUGAAGCAUAAUUAAUCAGAAAAAAGACCAAAAGGUUGGAAUUGUGGUGUUCUGCUAAAACAAUUACAUUUGAAAUAUCAUUAUUUAAUUGCUUACAGGACAUCUGAGUUUUUCCCCUGACUUUAUUAUCACACAGCAUACUUCAUUACAGCAGUAAGGUGAGAUCUCCUUGUAAUAACAUUUAUUCUAAUUAUUUAUGAAGUAAGUGCCAUAUUCACAGUGCUCUCAGACAGACAGAAUCAAUCACAACAGCAUUAGGGACUACAGUGAGGUGCUUUUUAUAAGCAGAAAGCAGAAAGGUUCACUCCCACCUCAUUGUUUACUUGUAAAAGUUGCUGCUUUUCAGUAAAAUGUGUCAGCUUGUUACAGUUUCAAAACUACUAAACAGCUGCUUUUCAACUUUUUUUCCUCCUCUUUUUCCAACAGGAUUUAGGGAGGGCAAGAAUACCAACCUUUUGUUGAAAUAAAUGGAGUUGUAAGUUAAGACAUAUCAAUCUGGGGGAGGGAGGGGUGGAUCGGGAAUAUUCUACCCCUGCAUAUCUGCAGAGGAUCUUUGCUGUUAUGGUUGAGAUUUUACUGAGGAAGACUACAGUGUGUCCCCUUGUCUAUGGCAGAGGUAGAAUGUCCUGUGCAGGAAGGCACACAGGAGCAGCCCUGCUUCACAGUUUGGACACAGGUCUUAAGAUAUUUGCAUGGCCUGGUGGUCUACACCUGUGCAUGACAAAUGUUCAAAGCAGUGCAUUCAGCUGCAGUGCUUUCUCUCGACAAAAACGUUGUUUUCUCGUAUGGGAACAGGGUCUGAAAGACUGUCAGCAUGUACACGCACGUACUUAGUAUGCCUCAAGUCCUCCUUGGGGUAUCCAAGGCAAUAAGGCAGUGACACGUGUGAGAUUGUAGUUUGCUUUGGAAAGACUGUUUUCUGGUCCCUUAGCCAUUCUCCUUUGCUCCUGCAUGGAGAGGAGUGCCCAAGUGGGGAAAAGAAGCCCCACUGUAAACUUGGAAGACUGAUUCCAGGAGAAAGGAGGCAGCUGGACGGCUGUGAAUGGCCUGCCUUGUCUUUCUGCCUGUCCAUUGGGCCUCUCUUCUGAGCCUCCGCAAGGCACAUAGUCAGCUUUUCUUAUUAAUAAAGAAAACAGCCCUUACAAAAAUAUAUUGUACCGUCAAAACAGCAUUAAUACAAUAAACCACAUAUAAAGCCUUUCCACUAUUAACUUACACUCUUAAAUUAUUUACAGACUGCAAUAUGAAACUUGGAUUUCUGCUGCUUUACCUCCAGGAUUCAAAGUGAGAAAAUAAAAACUCAGCUGGUCGUUUCUCUUCUUUAAGGUCAUUCAGCCUGAAUGGUUAACUAAAUCCCACAAAGACUUGCCAGUAUAUAUUCACCCUGUGUGGCUAAAUCCGCUCUUUUAUUGGUUUCUUAUCGCUUCAGCUGUGGUGCUGGAAAGUAGAAUUUUGCUUUGCGUUACGUUGCAGAAAAUCCAUUUAAACAUUCUAUUACAUAUUUAAUAGCUUAAAUUACAGUAAGUGUAGAGUACGUUUAAAUAAGACAUACAUUAAAUGUAAAAAUUAGAGGAAAGCCCUCUUAGUGUUUUACUUUGCAGUACUUUUGUGUCCCAUUGCCUUACCUAGUCAGGAUAACAAAUUUUUAAAUCAGCAACCAGAACACACUUACCUCAGGGCAUGCAUAAACAGGAUUUACUUGGACAUUGAAAUAUAUUUUUAGGAUUCGCUUUUUUUUUAGGAUCUAGUGCAGAGAAGCCUUCCUGUAAUUUCCUCUAUUGGAGCAGUUCUAAUAAACCUGUCCCUCCGAUCUCUUGAACACUUGUCCCAUGACUGCAGGACAGCAUGGGAAGGUCACCCCAAAACUCUUAAGGUGAUGAUUUCAAUCCCUGGGUCAUCUCAGGAUGUUAGGAAGUCUGUUAUAAAACUGCAGUACUAGAGCAGACUUGUCUAGAGACACAGGCCGUCAUUAAAUCAGAAUUUCUAAACACCCAACAAGUGCAAAUUACAAAUCCUCCUUACCUAAUUAAAACCCACCAUGAAGUCCUGAAGCAUUUGUAAUUUGUGAUUUGCAGGUGUGCAAUUUAAUCUGGAGCCCAAAUAUAGAAUUAAUCUAUAAUUAAGACGAUAAGUGUUCUUUUUCCUUAUUUUUUAAAACCUUUUCUAGGAAAAUGCUGAGAAUAUGUGCAGGGGCAUAUGCGACACCAGGAGUGGUGGCCUGUAUUCAUUAAGCACCACAUGCAGUAAAGCCUGUCUUUUUUUAAAAACACAUUCCCAACGAUAUAUGAAAUCAAAAAGCAAGACUGAAACAAUGGGGAUUCUUAAAUGUAUCACUGUGAAAGAUUUGAGCUGAGGUUCGCUUUGAAUGCCUUUGAAGUGUCACGGAUAUGUGUUAAUUGUACUGUGAACACGGCUCGAUAUUCCAGCUCUGACCGAAAUUACAGUUGGGCUCUUCUGCACAACACAAGGCUCCUCAUGUUGUUUGUAAAGCAUUACAUCUGACCAUCCACUGCCAAUUUUUUGUGAUAAUGCUACUAUCAUGAAAAUGCUUUAAAGCUUUCCAUGCAGCAUUUUAGCUCAUUAUUUUAUUUUGUAUUAAGCAAUAGCACUUACAAAUACUCCCAAUGCUAAAGGUUUAUACUAUAACUGGUAGACUUUCUUCGGUGAUGUAAAUGUGUAUUGCAGAGAAUUUCUGUAGUGUAAUAAAUAGCAACUGUUAAGCGAUUAAUAAUUAAUUCCCAGUUAUAUUUUUGGGGAUCCUCUUUAUUUAAUCAUUGUUGAAAUAAAUUCUUUUUUAAGUGUAUAAGUAAGGCCUGGGCUUCUUUUUCACUGUACCAAAUCUGGGGUGAUUAAUGGCACGAACAACUGCUUAAGGCUUGCCCAGCUCUAUCAUAUGCAUUGUCUGGUCAAGAUUAUUAACUUUGACUAGAAAGUUAUGGGUAUUUUCAUUUUUUUUUUAAUGUGUUCAUUUAAGUAUUGUAUAUUCAUUUAUUUUAUUAAUUUUUAGAUUGUUGUGUUCAGGUCGUGUAAUAAUGUGUUUUUUUAUAUGUCUACAGCAUUAUAUUAAUUUUCCUUUUAUAGCCACUUCAAUUGCUGGUGCCAUUUUGGCAAUGGACAAAGUAGCAUCCUUUUAAUUUAUGUUGCAUUAGGCAAAGAGUUCGUUCAGUACGGAGAACUCAAAAUCUAAACUGGUUGCUGCCAUGAAUCAUAUGUGAACUAAAUCCUCUCCAGCAACUAAAAUUGAAGCUGAGUGUUCCUUUAUAGCUUUACGACUUUUGUUCAGGGAGUGCUGAGGUGUACAAUUGGGAAGGGGCAAAAAAGGGAAUUCUCCUGGCUUUUAAAUGCAGGCAUCUCUCCUUUUUGUAAAUGUAUAUCCGACAGCCUUGCUAUGAUGUAUUCUACUUCAUUCUGAAUGUUGCUCAACCAUCUUGAGACCACAGCAUUGUGAUGUAGUACUCUUCCCUUUUCAUUCCUAUUGUUUUUUUGUGUAACCCACUAGAUAUAAAUAUGGUUGUUUUUGACAGUGACCCAGGAAUUACUUUUUUUUAGUUACAAGGCAGUCACCUGGCUUGAACAAUACCCUAAGGCAAGAUAUCUACUUUUGAUAACAUAUAAAAAUGUCAUAUUUAUACCCAUGUCAUGUCAGAGCCAGGGUGGUUAGUCACUCAUAACUGCCAACAGUAUUUGGCAAUUGAAUCCUAGCUACAGUAGCUGCAGGAUGGUGCACUGCAUUUGUCAACAUUAAACUUAGAUAUUAAAGUUUAUACAUCAUAAAAAUUGUUUAAAAGGUUUGAAACGCAACUUUACAAAGCUUUGAGCUAUAGGGUUUUGAGAUUUAUAAACUUAGAGGAAAAUCCAGCAUAAGAAAAUUAAUUUAAACAGGUCUUUUGCUGGAAACCAGUAACAUUUUAAAACAGAUUUUAUAUGCCCAUAUGUAAAAUGAAAGAACACCUAUCACGUGUAUCCAAAUAUGGUGCCGUCUAAAUAAAUGAUAUGUGGUUUCGUUCGAAUUAAAGAAAUUUACAAAGGUGAAUACCGGAGUAACUGCAGUGGUCACAGUGCAUCAUUUGAUUUAAUUGUGAUUUUAUCAGGUGCCAAAGCUAUACAGUAAGUGUGGUCCUUUCUAUUGGUAAAAAGAUAAUGUAAAACCGUUGCAAAAGUCCAUAGAUCUGUCUGAAGACAUUGGCAGAAAACUAAAUUGUAUAGGUUUCUAUAUAAAUUUAAUGUUUCUGUGUAUGUAUGGGUCAGAAUGAAAACAAGGUUUGUGAAAAAUUCUCAAGUACCUUUAUAGUUAUGCUGUAUUGACCUUUUAUAGUUUGAUUUCUUUAAUUUCACGUUAAUUCUACUUGUUUUCCUGUAUAUUAUUUGGGCUCCCUUUAGAUUCAGAUGCUUUGAGUUUGUUAGUUUUAAUUUUCUUCAGAUUGAAAAUGUCUCUGCUUAACUGUUCAGGAAUAGUAUAUUGCAGUUGAGUUGUAGCACAGUUCUGGAAUAAAAUGUUCUGUUCACGUGAAUGCCUACCCAUUCCAAAGGAUUUAAUUGUUGUCUAUAUUGCUGCUUUGCAUCAAACCAAUGUACCAGAUCUUUGAGUUUAUUUAUUUUUUUCAACUUGUACUGUACUUUGACUGUGAUCCAUUUACUUGUAAUGUGUUGUAAUACUUUGUGAUUAUUAGAUUGGGUACUUUUGCAUCACAAAUUCAACGUUUGCUUUUCUUCUGCUACGUUUCUUAGUUUUAAAAAAAUAUUUCUGCCUUACAUGUGAUUUUCUGUUUUUGUUUUAAAUCUUUCUAUGUGUACUAGGCUGGUCCUUCAUAUUAAACAAAAUAAAAACAAAACCCAGGGCUGACUUGAAAGGGAUGGAUGUUAUGGCUGUUUAAUUUGGAAAUCUGCUUGCUGAUUUUCUAAAAUAUAAGUUGAGAUAAUUUUUUGGUUGGUUCGUCUUUUACGUGAGGAAUUUUGCUACAGUAUCUUGAUGUGCAGGGACAUGUAUGAUAGAAUAGUAGACUGCACAUUGGAAAAGUGAAGCUUUUUUAUUUUUCAGGGGUGUAAAUGACUGAAGUGAUGUCAGGAUGAUUGUCGUGGCACAAUGCGCUCAGUCUUAGGUUUAUUACAAUUAAAAAGAGCAAAUUUUCUUAUAUUAUUUGGAAUGAAUUCAGGAACCAGUGAAAAGCUUCAGGAGAGGAUGAGUGUUCAUGUGAAAUGUUUUUCAUUGUCCCUUGAAUAUUGCCAUGAAAAUUUGCACAGCAAUUGUAUAGUGUCUUUUUCCCUUUUUGUGCUACCCUUUCAGUGAUUGAACUGUGAUUUGCCAUGCUUUUGUUCAUAUCUCACCACACAUUUUUGUACUUUUGUCACAUUGAUUCAUGCAUUAACCUUUCUACACUGUAAUAACUUUUUAUUAGGGGAAAUCAUCUCGUUACAACUUUUUACAGCAUUGUAUUUUCUGUAUUUUAUUGGUAUUUUCUGGUGAUAAGUGGUAAUUAUCACAUAUGUUUUCAGUUACCCAUUGCAGAACACAAACAGAACUAUGCUUCUACAGUUCAGAUUGCUCAAACGCAGUAAGAAUAGCAGUGUAUACGGAAUUAUGUGUACAAAUGGAAAGAACAUAGAUAAUUCCUUGUCUUUUCAAUCACUCUUUUAUGGUUGAUGUUUCUGUAUACAGAAUGAGAAAGAAAAUGUGCUUAUUCAGCAUCAGUAAUCAAAAUAAAUUCCCCCAAAUAAUAACAAUUCCUUAAAGAAUUAUGACAGCCCCCCCACAUAAAAGUGUGCUCCAGUAAUUGACUUACAUAAGUAUUUGUAAAUUAUAAUUAACUGAGCCGCCUAGAUACAUGUCUGAUUUUUGUUUUAAAAGUGUCUCCAGCGGUUACUUGCACGUGAUGCAUGUGUACUUACUGGAGCAAGUUUACAAAUCCAGUGAGAACAGGGGACUGCAAUUUACACGAAAUAAACACUCAGUACUUUUUUCGUGCCGAAACCCAGGUCAGACUAAGACUUGACAUACAUGGGAGGUGAAAUCUACAGAAACGAGCUGACUGACACAUCCCCUGAAUGUCUCGUUGGGUUACAGUAGUUAUUGAAAUGUUUUCAUCAUUAAUCUAUGCCUUUCACUGCUUUUUGCAAAUUGUACUCUCAGUCUUCACUUCAAAUUUGAUGUUGGAAAGAGAAAUAAGCAAUGGCACAGAAAUAUAAUUUGCCCUUUCGAUCUGAACAAAGCCUUCCUUCCUUGAGGACUUGUCUGUCAUUUCUCUUUUUGACACCAUCCCAUGCCUCUUAUACGACGCGAUGAUGCUUGUUUCCUUUCUAGACAGGAGUGUUACUUGCUUUAUAAUUUAACUAUUAUUUAACUUUGGGCCAGUUUUCUUUUCCCCCCAUGAACUCAUUAAAACUGCCGUGUAUCAUAUUUCUCAAUCAACCAAAUCACUACAUUGAAGUAUUACAGUUGUACAGUUCCAUAAAUUAUAUACAGAUAUUAAUGUGCUGGUCUAUUGUUGCUCUGCUGUACCUUUUUAUUACAUAUUUUUUACUUGUUAGACAAUAUAUUGUGACUAUGUCCUAUGCAAAAGAAAAUUAACAGAAUUUUUAAAUAUUGUAUGUUGUCUUAACUUGUAUGCAUGAGUUAGUGAAGUUUACAUUUGGAAAUAAAUUCAUAAAUAACCAA